GUAAGAUCUCUAAUCACAACUCAGCUUAUCUCUUAUCGCUUCUAUUAAUAUCGUUCCGAGGAUUUCCAUUAUCAAGUUGGAUUUAAAAAAAAAAAAUUAACUGGCGUUGAUCAAUUGGGAUUUUUGCAGGCAAUGGUUACCCGAAUUUCAGUGUUUGGGUCUCGAAAUUAACGAAGAAGAGAUCCGGCAUUUAUCAUCCGAGGGCUGGAUAUAUAGAACGGUUCCAUGGUGGAAUCCGGCGCCGGCACAGGGGCGUCGGCGGCGGAGGAGAUUCUGCCCGAGAGACGCUGUGUCUCUGCCGGGCUGCUUUUCGGGAAGUACGAGCUGGGGAAGCUGGUGGGUUGCGGGGCCUUCGCGAAGGUUUACCACGCGCGUGACGCGCGUACGGGUCAGAGCGUGGCCAUCAAGGCCGUGAGCAAGCAGCGGCUGGCGAAGGGCGAGCACCACGCGCUCGUUAAGAGGGAAAUCGCUAUCCUGCACCGCCUGCGUCACCCCCAUAUCGUGCGCCUCUUCGAGGUCCUCGCUACGAAGACGAAAAUCUAUUUCGUCAUGGAGUUCGCCAAAGGCGGAGAGCUCUUCGCGAAGAUUUCCAAGGGGAGGUUCAGCGAGGAUCUCAGCCGUCGGUAUUUCCAGCAGCUAAUCUCCGCCGUCGGAUACUGCCAUUCCCGCGGCGUGUUUCACCGGGAUCUGAAGCCGGAGAAUCUCCUCCUCGACGAGAAACUCGAUCUCAAGGUCUCCGAUUUCGGACUCAGCGCCGUCAACGAUCAGAUCCGGCCCGACGGACUUCUCUACACCCUCUGCGGCACCCCCGCCUACGUGGCGCCGGAGAUUCUCGCCAUGAAAGGCUACGAUGGCGCAAAGGCUGACGUCUGGUCGUGCGGCGUCGUUUUGUUCGUCCUCAACGCCGGUUAUUUGCCCUUCAACGACCCCAAUCUCAUGGUCAUGUACCGGAAGAUCUACAAGGGAGAGUUCCGCGUCCCGAAAUGGACAUCGCCGGAGCUCCGGCGACUUCUGACCCGGCUUCUCGAUACGAACCCGGGGUCGAGGAUCGCCGUCGAUGAGAUCAUCAACGAUCCGUGGUUCAGACAGGGAUACGACGAGAAAAUGUCGAGAUUCCACCACGAGGAUGCCGAUUUGAAGCUACCAUCGAGCCCUCGGGGCGGAGAGGAGAGGGGCAGGAGGCGGGUGAACGCCUUCGACAUCAUAUCAGGGUCACCGGGAUUCAAUCUAUCGGGCCUGUUCUCGGACAAGAGCGAGUGGGAGGGGAUGGAGAGGUUCGUGUCGGGGGAGACGCGGGAGAAGGUGAUGGAAGAGCUGGAGGAGGUGGCGAAGGCGGAGAAUCUGACGGUGGUGAAGGAGGAGGAAUGGGGGCUGAAAAUGGAGGGGCAGAAGUGUAAAUACGUGAUGGUGGUGGAGAUAUACAGGUUGACGGAGGAGCUUGUCAUGAUAGAGGCGAGGGUGGGAGGAUGCGGCCGUGAAUUGUGGAGAGAUACGAUACGGCCUCGUCUUCUUCGGCUCGCUCACAACAAACCCCUCGCGUUGGAUUAGACGAACCACAGGCGGCGGAGAUUUAGGAGCCCAAAAGUGAGCUUGGUCGGGGUCACAUUGUCCAUGGCAAUGGUGGAAUCAGGUGGUGAAUUGUUAACAUUGAUGGGAAUAUAAUUAUUUCAUCUGUCCAGAAACUAGAUUGGGAUGAAAAGAGAGUUUAACUAGAAAGGUGUUGGCUUUAUGUUAUGGCGCUGUACUUCUCAUUGAAGCAAAGUGAAAUUAAUUUGUAGGACCCAAAUCUCCAACAAUUCCCCCCUGUGAAUAAAUUAUUCUCAUUCAUACGA